GGCGAGAACGAAAAGCUCCAUCCGCGCCCGGUGGCUGCGCGGCGCGUUUGGAAUAAUUAUUAAAAUGAGCAUGUGUCUGCGCCAUCCUGUGGGUGUGGCGCGGAGCAGCGUGUAAACUCCGGCAGGGCGGGAGGAGCGGCCGUCGGGUUGCAGGCAGUCAGGCUGCCCGGCAGAGGAAGGCGCGAGGAGGCGAGCCCGGCAGCAGCAUGGCUUCGUCGCAAGGCAAGAGUGAGCUGAAAUUCGCAGACUGGAUGGCAACUUUGCCAGAAAGCAUCCACAGCCUCCCCCUCACCAACCUAGCGAUCCCAGGGUCUCACGACUCCUUUAGCUUCUACAUAGACGAAGCCUCUCCCGUUGGACCUGAACAACCAGAAACUGUCCAGAAUUUUGUCUCCGUAUUUGGGACUGUGGCUAAAAAGUUGAUGAGAAAGUGGUUGGCAACACAGACGAUGAACUUUACUAGCCAGCUGGGUGCAGGUAUACGAUAUUUUGAUCUCAGAAUUUCCACUAAACCCAGAGACCCUGACAAUGAACUUUACUUUGCUCAUGGUUUAUUCAGUGCCAAAGUCAAUGAGGGCCUUGAAGAGAUCAACGCAUUUCUGACUGACCACCAUAAAGAAGUGGUCUUCUUGGACUUCAAUCAUUUCUAUGGGAUGCAGAAAUAUCAUCAUGAGAACCUGGUCCAAAUGCUCAGAGGCACCUUUGGAAAUAAAAUGUGCCCUGCUAUAUUUGCCCAAGAAGUAAGUCUCCAGUACCUGUGGGAGAAGGAUUACCAAGUGUUGGUAUUUUAUCACAGUCCAGUGGCUCUUGAGGUACCAUUUCUUUGGCCAGGGCAGAUGAUGCCAGCUCCUUGGGCAAACACAACAGACCCAGAAAAACUGAUUCAGUUUCUUCAGGCAUCAAUCAUUGAGAGAAGAAAGAAGGGCUCCUUUUUUAUAUCUCAAGUGGUGCUGACCCCCAAAGCUAGUACUGUGGUUAAGGGUGUUACUAGUGGACUCAGAGAAACAAUCACAGAAAGGGCACUUCCUGCAAUGAUGCAUUGGGUCCGAACUCAGAAACCAGGAGAAAGUGGUAUCAAUAUUAUCACUGCUGAUUUUGUAGAACUUGGUGACUUUAUCAGCACUGUCAUAAAACUCAACUAUAUCCUGGAUGAAGGCGAAGCUGAUACUACUUGAUACUACUGCAAUAUAUUUGUUGUUCAUUGAGUAGAUUUAAAAAGAAAACCCAAUUGUAUUAGAAAAAAAUAUCUUGUAACACACAGAUCUUCCUAUAACACUGAAUCUCUGAGGUGUUUAGGGCAGUAGUGGGUGGGCAAAGGGAAAUGUUUUCAUUGGUUAUUAUAAUGUUCUACCUUAAUAAACCCUCAUGUUUUUCA